AUGUCAGUAGCCGUCACCCCAUGCGCUGUUGAUCAACGCGCUUCCAUCCUCGUCGUCACCACUCUAGACGGUUUCAUUGGGUUGACGGUUGCAGAAUGUUGGCUUCGACGCGAUGAACGGGACUGCGUGUGGAUUUGCGUGCAGCACUUGGACCAGGAUAACAAUUCUCUUCAUGGUAUAAAUUUAUUUGAGGGAUCUGCUGUGGGCGAUGUUGCAUUCGAAUCAAUAGAAACUGCAGCUGUUGCUCGAGGACCUUUCUCAGCAUCCCACAUCUGUGGUGUCGCACUAGUUGAAAAAAUGGCCUUCCACCAUCGGUCUCACGAUGCAGCCACAGAUCAAUCCGCCCCCAAAGUCGUCCCUGUGACCGUCGACCUUCACAUCAUCAUCCCCGACCUCAUGCCUUUACGAAUUCACUUUCGUUUCCCAACAAAUCGUCAAAUUGCCGCUCUGUCGCUAUCGCUGAUGGAGAGAGUGCUGGCGUCAUUUACGAUGUACAGCGAACUGAAGGAAGCUACUACGGACUCAGUAUAUGACAAGGUGUUUGCGUGCUUACAGACGGAGUGGACCUAUAUCGGAGGUUUGAGAGUUGCUGAUGUCCCCUACAUCAGUGUCGAUAAAGCCGUCUUCUCCAUCUCCCCAGGGUCACUAUUCGAUGUCAACUCCUACGCUCGGAGUGCUAUUGCUACGAGCAGCAUUGCAUCUGGUCUCGGCAUCGCAUGUGACGCGUGGUUUCUUCUAAGAUGCAACUGGGCAGACCUACAGACAUUCAUUGCUCGUGCUCGGGAUGUAUAUGGCUCUUACUUCUUCUUCUCCCUCUCAGCACGUGUCCCAGGUCUCUGCAUGUUCAUCUCCGCCCUCUCCCUCAUGCUCUUCCUCGAGCUUGUGGCUUUCGACGCCUGGCCAGAAAGUGUGAUCACUAUUUGUUCCAUGGUAGGGGUGGUUAUGUCCCUGCAGUUUUGGUUUAUGGCACGCAUUGGUGUGUGGGGCGAGUGGUUGAGCGCCCCUGCGGGCGCUUUGAAGCCCACUAUGGUGAUUAAAAAUGAGAGCAUCUAUCAUCUUUUGGUCAGUAUUGUUACUAAUUUGUUGAAGACAGUAGACUGA